AUGAGUCGUCUUGUAGCAUUUCUACUGGUUAUCCUCUUAGUUUCUCAACCAGCCAUGGCUCAGAAGCCACGGGACUUCAUUGACUGUUUGAGUGUGCUGGUGUAUUUCAGCUCAUGCAUAGGAUAUAUUGAUGGACGAUUUGGAGAACCAUCAUGGGGUUGUUGUAUGGGAGUUGAGGAACUCAAUAGGUUAGCAACUCAGAAUCAUGAAACGCAGAAGAUCUGUCAAUGCAUUGAACUCGUUGCAAGAUUAGGAGAUCCUCCUUUCCUUCUUGCAAACAUCAAUGCUCUUCCAAUCAAGUGUCAAACACAUCUCAGCUUCCCCAUUUCUGUUAAAAAGGACUGCUCGAAGUAA